AUGAAGGCCACAAUGGAGAAAUUGACAGUGGAGUAAAGGUGAGGCGGUGAGGACUGAAUCACGUGGAUAUCUAGGGAAAUUUGUUGAUGCAAAAGGAACGAGCGCAAAGGUCUGGGAGGAGGAACUCAACGGGUGUGUUCAAAAGAAUGUCAAGGAGGGCAGUGUGGCUGGAGAGAGUGAUUACUAGAUUACGAGAUGAAGACAGAGGGGACUGAAGAGCCUUUUGGUUUUUGGCCUUUCCUUUCGAUGAGAAGUGUGGAGAGGAAGCAUGAUCUCAGGCACGUGCUCAACUCAUUUGAUACGUGGCGGGAAACGAUUGGUCCCCUAAAAGAGGGGCACGGCGGUGAUGUCACCACCCUGGGCAGAGCACGGGGACUUCUCCUUAACCUGGUGUGCCCCAGAGGCCUGGACAAUGCUGGCAAAACAACCAUCCUCAAGAAGUUCAACGGGGAAGACAUCGACACCAUCUCCCCGACACUGGGCUUCAACAUUAAGACCCUGGAACACCGGGGAUUCAAGCUGAACAUCUGGGAUGUGGGCGGCCAGAAGUCCCUGCGGUCCUACUGGCGGAACUACUUUGAGAGCACCGACGGCCUCAUCUGGGUGGUGGACAGCGCCGACCGGCAGCGCAUGAAGGACUGCCAGCGGGAGCUCCAGAGCCUGUUGGUGGAGGAGCGCCUGGCUGGAGCGACCCUCCUCAUCUUUGCCAAUAAGCAGGACCUACCCGGAGCACUGUCCUCUAACGCCAUCUGUGAGGCCCUGGAGCUGGACUCCAUCCACAGCCACCACUGGUGCAUCCAGGGCUGCAGCGCCGUCACCGGGGAGAACCUCCUACCUGGCAUCGACUGGCUCCUGGAUGACAUUUCCAGCCGCGUCUUCACGGCCGACUGAACCACUCCAGACGUUCCCCCCCCUCACCCCCACACCUCACAGUCCAGCCCCCUCCCUCGGCCCUCAUCAGGCACCAUCCACGGCGGGGGGGGG